AUUUUUUGACGAUGGAUGGGGGGAAACCCCUUGAAAUGCCUCGAACGAACCGAUUUAUCAAAGUUUCUUAAUCCAGGACGAGGGAGAAAAGGAGGAGGUGUCACACCGACACUGAUCCGGGUCCAGCUAAUUGAAUGGGCGGAGCUUCUUCGGCUGGAGGACGACGUUCAGGAACCGCAAAGUGCCCUUAAAGAGGAGAGUCUGCUGUGCCUCGGUGUCCCGGGGGCCACGAUGGGAGGGACGCCGUCGGUGCCGGACGUCUUGGAGGAGACGCUGGACGUGCCGUCGACUAUCAGUGAUGGCAUCCUGCAGAGGGAGGAUGCUCCUCUGUGUGCUGCAGAAAUUGGCUCUGAACUCCAGAAACAGUUUGCCAUCCUGCCAGGGGGCCGCAGCAUGAAUGGCAACCCCGUCAUCGUCUUCCCCGAGUUCCCCGAUUUCAGCGAGCUGGAGGAGGACGAGAUCCAAAAUGUCCUCCGCUACCUCAGCAGCAUCCCCAGCGUUGCAGCAUCCGCAGUGGGUUUCAUCCUGGUCAUCGACAGACGACUGGACCGAUGGGCCGCCGUCAGGGCUACCCUGCUCCGCAUCGCUGGUUCAUUUCCAGGGAACUUGCACUUGGUUCUGGUGUUACGUCCCACUACUUUGCUCCAGCGGACUCUGUCAGACUUCCUGUUCAAGUACAACAAGGAUGAGUUCAAAAUGAAGGUGGUGAUGCUGAGUUCGGUGACUGAGCUCCAUGCCUACAUCGACCCGGGACAGCUGACCACCGAGCUGGGAGGAACGCAGGAAUACCGCCACGAGAGCUGGAUUUCACACCGCACUGCGAUCGAGGCGUUCGCCCUCAUGGUGAAGACCACGGCUCAGACCCUGCAGGCGUUCGGCACGGAGCUCGCCGAGACCGAAUUGCCCAACGAUGCCGAGGCCACCACCAACCUGCUGCAGGCACACACGCUGAAGAAGGAUAACAUGAAGGAGGACCUGCAGGUAGCGCUGUCCCAAGGGGGACGCCUGUUGGAGUGUAUAAACGAGCCUCUUCAGACGGACCCCGAAUACGGCAUGACCAGCGAUGAACUGGAAAACCUAGCUACCGUACAGAGACUCCUGGGUCAGCUGGACGAAACGGAGACGGCGUUUGACGAUUUCUGGGAGCGUCACCGCACCAAGUUGGAGCAGUGUCUGCAGCUCCGCCAUUUUGAACAGCACUUCCGUGAAGUGCGCGGCCAGCUCGAUGUGACAUCAGAGCGGCUGUCGGGGUUCUCAGAGGUCAGCGUAAGCCCCGCCCACGCCGAGCACGUCCUCCGGGAGCUCAGCGGACUGGAGGACAGAGCAUGUGACGCACUGGACCGCGCCCUGUCGCUGGCGCGUGAGGGGGACAGGCUGAUAGACAACUCCCACUACGCAGAGGACUCCAUCAGGCCCAAGUGCAGCGAGCUGCGGGGAGCGUGCGAGGAGAUCAGCUCCACGAUGAGGAGCAAGAAGGACCUCCUGCUCAGGGCGAUGGAGCUCCACCACGCUCUGGAGAAGGCGUCACGGUGGUGCGAGGAGGGCAUCUUCCUGCUGGCCAGUCAGCCAGUGGACCGCUGUCAGUCUCAGGAUGGAGCUGAAGCAGCCCUGCAAGAGCUGGAGCGAUACCUGGACACGGCGCCGCUACACGCCAUCGCCGACUGCAGCGCCAUCUGCUGCCAGUAUGAAGCGGUGCUCACAACUCAGCUCAGGGACCAGGUGGAGAGGGUUUUCCAGAAGCAAAGCUCAGUCCAGGAGAUGUUUGAGAAGAGACGCGUCAGCCUGAAGAAACUCGCUGCCAAACAGACCAGACCAGUCCAGCCAGUGGCCCCAAGACCUGAAGUGAAGUCUCCGCUCUCCUCGCCCAAUCAAGAGCGAAAAGAGAGAAGAUACUCUGCAGAUAAUUCCAUCUGCAAAAAGGUGGACUCUCCCACACAUAACGGUGGCAUCGGGCAUGCUUCUCUGUCAGAGGAGGAGGAAAACCUGGCAGUGCUUCGGCGCCACGUGAUGAAUGAACUGCUGGAGACGGAGAGGGCGUACGUGGAGGAGCUGCUGUGUGUGCUGGAGGGAUAUGCGGCUGAGAUGGACAACCCAGCCAUGGCUCACCUCAUCCCCAGCACCCUGCUGAGCAAGAAGGUCGUCCUGUUUGGCAACAUGUCUGAAAUCUACCAGUUUCAUAAGAGGACGUUUCUAAAAGAGCUAGAAGCGUACACCGACUGCCCAGAGCUAGUUGGCCGCUGCUUUUUAGAAAGGAUGAAGGACCUGCAGAUCUACGAGGCGUACUGCCAGAAUAAACCCCGCUCUGAGAGCUUGUGGAGACAGUGCUCCGACUGUGCCUUCUUCCAGGAGUGCCAGAAGAAGCUGGAACAUAAACUUGGCUUGGACUCCUACCUCCUGAAACCCGUCCAGAGAAUAACCAAGUACCAGCUCCUGCUGAAGGAGCUGUUGAAGUACAGCAAGGGAUGCGACGGAUGCGAUGACCUACAGGAAGCGCUCUCCUCCAUCCUGGGGAUCUUGAAGGCCGUCAAUGACUCCAUGCAUCUCAUCGCCAUAACAGGAUACGAGGGUAACCUGUCGGAUCUGGGCCGCCUGCUGAUGCAGGGCUCCUUCAGCGUGUGGACGGAGCACAAAAAAGGUCACGCCAAGGUCAAAGACCUGGCCCGGUUCAAGCCUAUGCAGAGGCACCUGUUCCUGCACCAAAAGGCGCUGCUCUUCUGCAAGAGGAGGGAGGAGAACGGCGAGGGCUACGAGAAGGCUCCGUCGUACAGCUUCAAGCACUCCCUCAGUAUGACCGCGGUGGGCAUCACAGAGAGCGCCAAGGGGGACAACAAGAAGUUUGAGGUUUGGUGCAACUCCAGAGACGAAGUCUUCAUAGUCCAGGCUCCGACGGCGGAGAUCAAAACAUCGUGGGUGAACGAGAUCCGCAAAGUUCUGACCCAGCAGCUCAAAGCCUUCAGAGAUGCCAGUCAGCAGAAGACCCCUGACUCAGUUUUCCCGAGUCCCACCAGCAACAGCGCCUCCAUCUCCCUCAGUCCGUUUCGUAGCGGUGGUCCGAAAAAUCCAAAGAAGCAAGAGGAGAAGAAGGCGGAGACGAGCUCAGCGUCUGACUCCCCGUCUUCACCGAAACACAAAGAUGAACCAGUGACCAGUCCGACCACUGACAGGUCUUCAGUGGCUAAAAAGCGUUUUACUUUGCAGGGCUUCAGCAAUCUGAAGAGUCCGAAAGGCUCUCCUCUGAGCCCCGAGCACGGCUCCAAACGCCACUCGGUCAAGAGUGACCCCACGCCGUUUGGGUUCAAAGAGCCGGCUCCCCACGUCACUCUGAGCAGAGUCCGCUGGAUGAGCGCCUCUAGUCUGUUACAGAACAAGCGGGCAGGCUGGAACAAGGCGUCUCUCUCGGUGGACGCCACAGAGGAGAAUGAUGGGUACUCCAGCAGCGAGGACCCCAUGAACUCUGACCCCGAGGACGAAGUGGGAAGGAAGCUGGCUCCGGGGAAAUAUACGGUGGUAGCGGACUGCGAGAAGGCGGGACCUCAGGAGCUGUCCGUCAAGAGUGGAGACCUGGUGCAGCUAAUCCGAGAAGGAGAGGAAGGACAGUGGUUCGUGAGGAACCUCCGCAGCAGUCAGGAGGGCUGGGUGGCGGCAGCGAACCUCCUCAGCCUCAUCUCCGAGUCCAAGUCGUCCCAGUCGCUCAGCAGCUCAGACGGCAGCGUCUCUGGGAACCUCAGCACUUCUUCCAGCUGCAGCGAGACGUACACCAGCUUCUCCGACAUCAAACCCUGACCCGUGAAACAUCUUCCAUGUGGAAUAUCGCAGGAAACCCCAAAGCUGACGGGAGGAUUGAUCGACGCGCUUUAAUCACACAGAGCGUUCAUGUCAGAGUUCAACAAAAAGCAACCUGAAAUAUCACAGAAUCUGAGGAUGCUGGCAGUUUUAUCUGAUUCUUUUAUCUCCUUUCUGGCGGGCAGGAUUAACCUCUCGCUUUAGAUUAUUUUUAAAUGUCGAGAAUGUUUCAACCUUCUUGUAAUGUAGCAUUAAAGUGGACAGAUUCGAAGAAAGUCAUCACUUAACCCUGAACCCCUAAAGUUGACGACGUCACGGCACAAGUCUUGUGCGGCGGUCCACAGAUAGAGAUGCGAUCUGGCUGGUAUUUCACACGAGGCUCUUGGUGUCAGACAUUAAUUGUACACUGUGAAAUGUGGCAGCCUUCUGCAAAGACCGGGGGGGGGGGAAUGCUUUGGGGGCAUCUGUGAACAUCUGGAACCUUCAGCGCGGCGGCGGGCCACGUAGUUGAACGGGGCCUCCCGGCUGGAUUUGUAGUCUUCAGGUGAAGGUCACCCACGGCGCCACCUGGUAGUCAGAUGUAAAAUCACUCACACGGCGAGCGGGCAGCUUUGCAACAACCUCUGGACCUCUUAUUUGUUUUUAGUUUUUUUUUUUCAAGAGCGAUUUGCUCUCUAAAGUGCUCUGGAUUUCCCCUCUCAGGAAGCCCGAGACGUUGCGUUGGCGGGCGUGGUCUGCUCGCGUCGACUUUUGUGUGUGCGUGAGUUGUUGCGCCUGUGGGUGUCGCUUCAGAACAAAUCCAACUAUUGUACGUCUCCGCUGAAGGCUACAGGGUCACCCUAAUGCAUUUAGCCGCUUGAAUAAUGUCUAACAAGUUAACUGACCUCCGAGCCUCACACGCCUUCACAGAAACGUUGCAGCUUUUUUUUUUUUUGGUUUGUUUAGUGCCACGCUCACCUGUGUUUUGUUUGCUGCGAUCAGAAGCCGGCUUUGUCCCCUCCCUCCGCCCCCGGCCCCCGCUCGGGUGUGGGACGGGCGCCACUUCCCCACAGGCGCCGCUAAACCGGCGGCCCGGGACUUUCACAAGCAUGUUUGCACCAGCCGCCCCGCAGCAGUGUUACCUUGCUCACUCUGUGAUGUAGAAGAUCAUCAUCCAUGCAGUCGGAUCACUUCAUGAAAAGUCUGACAGGGGUGGGGGAGUAAACUUCCCCCAUCUUUUAUUUUAGGUGUAAGACUCGACCAAACGGAGAGAACAGUGCAGCAUGGUGUGGCAUUCAAACCACCACCGCCUCUCGGGUUGUAUUAGUCCUCCAGUGUGGAUCACAGGUGUGAUUUUGUUACACGCGGCUGUGACUAUGAUUAUAGCUCAUGAUGGUUUUUUCGAGGUCUUUGACGAACCCUAACCCCCACAUUUCUCACCUAAAGCCACACAUGUCCUCCCUAUGAAAAGAAAGAUUAUUUUCCAGGAGAAAAAAAAAGGACGCUUACGGGCCUCUCGGGGUCCAACUGCGAGCUAAACUGUGAGCGGCAUUAUGUGUCGAUCCGAGCGAGACUGAGAAAAUGUAUGUUACACUUGUACAGGUGUGUCCCCUAUACCUCACAUUGUUUCCCUUGAGAGCCUGUACAUUGUGAGGAGGAGCGUGGUUUACGUGAGUCUUCUUGUGUCUCUGUAGCAUCUCUUUGUGGCAUGUUCCUCGUGAACCUCUCUUGUCAAAGCCCAGAAAAAGGAAAGUAUUUUUUUACCAGGCAACGUUGUAUGUUGCGAGAGUUUACUUUCUUCCCUCCUGGGAGCUGAUCCGAGCACCAAACUUUGUCAGUGUUCUGUCAUGAUGGAAUGAAUAAAGCUUACUGAAUGGUUUUUACUUUUUGAGUUUGAGGCUGGAGAGAUGAGAAGGGUUAUAUAUUUUCUUUUUAUGCAGCACAUUGCAGCAACCACUGUCUUUUAUUUUCCUAUUGUAUCUACGGAGUAUGGUGUUGAUAUAAAUAUAUUAUAAUGAGACCUAUCUGUGUAUAUUUGUAAAUAUGUAAUUCUGAAUUGUAUGUAAAAUGUAAAGCAACUUUAAUAAAGUCUGGAAUUGUUUCCUUUAA